GUCGUCGCCGUGUCUGUUCGCAGAAAGAUCCGUCAUGAGCAGCUCGAACGGGGUUGUGACGCCACUUCCGGACGUCCUCGUCGAAGCUACAGACUUGCCACCACCACCACCACCAGCAUCGCAACAAGCCGGUGAUGAGGUGCCGUCGGACGCUCGACCUCGUGACCCCAUGGCACCGCUACCACCACCUCCGCCACCUUCGCUACCGGACUUGAUAUCCAAGACCAUCGCGCCCGUGCCAGGGAAGGUCCUAUCCACUCUGGAGAUUGAACAAGACGAACUGCGGUCCAAGAUCCGAGCGCAUGUUGGACAGUCGCUACGGGCCAUGCGAGAGCAGAAACGUCGCGAAAGCCGCCGGUUCUGCGGUUUGUCGCGCGCCGACGUCUUUGAGUGGAUGCGCGCGGUGCUGGGCUGCGCAGAUGCCGACGCGUCCGACUCGGCCGACGACAGCGACUCGAAGAUCUUCACAACUAAGAAGUUCCUUGGUGGCGUCGAAGAGUUUUCGUGCCUCACCGACCGCGAAUUGUCGCAGCUCGCGCGGCUCGCUGAAAUGCGAACGUACACACGCGACGAAGUCAUUGUGUUGGACGAAGUGAAAGCUGAUGGUCUGUACAUCCUCAUGUCUGGCAAGGCCACGCGCGCGUACGUUGUGGGCGGUGCCGUCUUGGACGAUAUAUCGUUGCCCAUGGAGCCGAUCGAGUACCAAGAAGCCUUUGGCAUGAACAUUCCAGCGAUCACGAAAGGCGACGAGCACGUGGAGUCGACUGUGACAGCUGUGUCCGAGCGCGUCGAGUGCCUCUGGCUGCCGCACCUGGUCGUGCGGAUGCUCAAUAUUCAGCCGCGCAUGGACUACGAGUUUGUCUUGAUUUUGAAAAAUCAUGAUGGCAUCACGGACGCCGACUACAAGCAACAGGAAGUCGUGCUGUCCAACAUCCUCCAAGCCGGCCUCCACGUCACCGUCCUCGCCAACACACGCAACACGGUCGGAAAGAUCAUUCUCCUUCUCAACGCACCGCUUUGGCUCCUCGCGCGCGAAGACAAGCUCAUGAAAAUGGAGCGGAUCGUCGAGUACCAUUCGGAAGAAGAUGCCAAGUCGCUGGGCGACGAGUACGGGGCCAAUGCCGAGACGAUGACGGCGGCGGAUCGCAUUGCCGCGUUUGCAUCGAUCCUGACUCGCCCCGCGACGGAUCGCCCACCCGGCGUCGGCCUCCGCGGCAUCGAGAACAACCAAGACCCUGUCAUCCACGACGUAUUUCCCCUGCACGAUCCAAAUGUGACGGACUUCAUCACGUCAUCUUGGUUCAAGGAAGCGCUGUCGGCAUCGACCCGCCGAUUGUUCCUUCUUCGGACCAAGGACCAUUUUGGUCUGCACAUUGCGUUUUACACGGCGUUCGUUCGGCUGUACUGUGCGUCGCUCAGCACACCUUGUCUGAUCGGCGUCGUGCUGUGGGUCGUGUGGCGCCAAGCAGACUACCACACGUACAUGCAAGCGCUUGGAAUCUACGGGCUCUUUGUUGCGUUUGUUUGGGCGCCGUCCGUGCUGAAGCGGUGGAAACGAUACCAAUGCUCGCUCCUCGUUGAGUGGGACCUGCUCCAGGCCAAGGAGGUCGAGUACCCGAACCAAGAGUUCAAGGACUACGUCGUCGAAACGAUCAACGUGGCCAACGAAGGUGACCCCCCCGACUUUGUCGACGUCAAAAUGUACGACCGGCGCCGCCGGUACCCCAAGUAUGUCUUGUUUGGUGCGUUUUCCGUUGUGUGCUGCGUCCUCCUCUUUGUGUUUGUCAUGCUGUACUGCCAAUGGUACAUCAUUGCCGUGAUGACCCCCAUGUGCGAUGACCCGCGGUGCCCGGCGUUCUUGGACUCGGCGACUUGCGUCAACCAGUGCGAGCUCUUGCUCCAGCAAGGCAAAAAAUACAACUUCCUCCGCGACAUUCGCGCGUCCGUGCGGGGGUGCCACGGCUACUGCGACACGACCACGUUUGAUCCGUCCUAUUAUAGCUGCGACACGCCCCUCAUUGGGUGCUUUACAACGGAGCGCGGGGUUGUUGGCACGGCUCGAUGGACGUACGUCCUGAUCCAGGGCAUCGUGCUCGGGCUAACCCUCGACAUUGUGUUCCUCGCGAUCUUUGAGUUGAUUGCGUCGGUUUUCAACAAGUGGGAAAACUACCCCACGCUCCAGGAAAACAAUCGUCGGUUCGUCGAAAAGAUCUUUGUCUUCAACUGGGUCGGGUACUUUUACUGGUUCUUCCUUCUCGCGUUCUUGUACACGCCGUACGGCGACCAAGUCCAGGGAUUCAUCCGCGAGCACAUCGACACGAACGCGUGGCUCACGGGCAACGGCCGGUUCAAGUUUAGUCGGUAUUGGGUCCCGGGCUUGGUCGGGAUGGAUUCUGCGUUCGUGACGCCGCUGAUUGUGACGCAGGCGCUCAACUUGAUCAUCAAUACGUUUGUCCCGUACUUGCUACGCCGCGCGGUCGUUUCUGCCCGGGACACGUAUCUCGUGAGCAAGGAUCAGCUAAGCCUCAAGCUCAAGAACGGACUCAAGAUGCAUUUUCAAACGACGGUGCAUCUCACGCAAAGCGCGGCCGAUUUGGCCCAAAACACAACGCACAGCGCGGCGGCGGUCGUUCGGCGCAGCAAGCUCGCGUUGCUGCGCCAAUCGCUGCCGAACGCCGACGACAGUGCAGCCGUCGUGGCAGCUGCGACCACUGACGACGACUUGACCGAGAUGGAGAAAGACGAGCUUGCUCAGUACUUGUCGGAAAAGAAACCAAUACGUGCCGCGGACGUCGAAGCCACGAUCGACGCGCUGUUUGCCAACCUGUCGAGCCACCACAGCCGCAUGAAUCAAAUCUGCUUGAAUGUAAGGCGGGACGACUUGGACUCGUACCAAGUCACAAGCUACGACUGGAUCGACCGCAUCACGCAAGACAUUGAACACAACAAGAAGCACGAAUGCAUUUGGGAAGAUCCAUUGCACAAUGCAUCGGCGAGCGGCAAGGACCGCCCCGCGUUUCGCCUUCGAUUGAUCAAAGAAUGGAGGUGCCGCAACUACGUGUACAACGCGGACCGGAUCAUGGAAGAGUCGAGCAUGCCAGUGUACUCGCCGCAGGGCGACUUGCUGCACAUGGCGAUUCAGUUUAGCUAUGUCACGAUGUUCAGCGUGAUCUGGCCGUUCUGUGCGCUGUGCGCGUACUGCAACAACACGAUUGCGUCCCGCUUCGACGCGAUCAAGAUGGUGAUCGACUGCAAGCGGUCGGUGCCGCGUCGGUUGAUUGGGAUCGGGCCAUGGCUCGGCGCGUUUAUGUUUGAGACCCUCGUCGCCACGAUGGUGGUGCCGGCCAUUUUCGUCUACGUAACGGGUCAAAUGGAUUCGUUCAGUCCGUCGUGCCCGAUCUCGGUGGAAGACUACGGCCCAGUGACCCAAUGUUUUCCGCUCCUUUGGCGGCUCCUCGCAUUCUGUGUGCUGGAGAAUGUCGGGAUCGCCAUUAGCUUCUUUGUGUACCUGCGCAAGAGCGACAUCUCGACGGAAACGUCGAUCAAGAUCCAGGAGCACUCGCGACGCGCCAAGUACAACGUUCGGAAGAGUGUUCGCACCAUCGGCGAGCACAUUCUCGUGCGCGUACAGCUGUCGCAACACCACCCACACUCAGCGACGGGCACGACCGAGCUAGUCGAGAGCGCAACACACAGUGGAGAGUGGCGCCAAGGCACGGUCGCGUGGGUCAAGAAUGGCCGCAUCAAGGUCAAUUUUUACGCCAACGGCAUGUUUGGUCACGAUUCGCACUCGAUGGAGCACGAAGUGUGGCUCCAACACGAACAGUACGCGCUCAAGAGCCCGAUCCCAGUCCGCGUGUUUGAAAUAGGCAUGCCGGUGCUGCUCGCGUCGUCCAAGCAGGGCCGUUGGCUCGAAGGCCACAUUGUCGGCAUGGACACAGUCAAUCGAUUCGGCAACGAGAUGGUCCACCGGCCGGACGAGAUGCAUUUAUCCAUUGUGGAAGGGCGCAAUUUGCGGUCCAACAUGAUGCGAAACGUGCUGGACCCGUACUGCGUCAUCACAUGUGGCGCGUUCAAGCACAUGACAAGCAUCAAGCGGCACACGUUGAACCCGCUGUGGAACGAGCAGCUUGUGUUUGGCAUGACGGAGAAAGACCUGGCCGCGUCCGAUGGCAAGGUGCUGCUGACCGUGUACAACCACGAUACGUUGUCGCUUGGGGAAUGCAUUGGCGAGGCCGAGAUCGACCUGAAGCUGCACAUGGACGGUAAGAAGGAGAAAUUGUGGGUGCCGCUCGUGCUCAAGAAGUCCAUGCUCAACUUGGAGCUGCUCGGAAACGCCGUGCACAAACUCGCGCUCGGGGAUAACCUCCCCGACCCGCAAAUCCUCCUCGAGCUGCAAUGGAUCGACACACGGUUCCCUGCCCAAGUCCACGUUGCCAUCAAAGACGACGGCCAUGGAGCGCCGCCCCGCGUGCUCAACCGCAAACACUGCGAAAAGCGCCUGUGUUAUGGCAUUCACUCGAGCGAGAUCAAGCACGGCCGCAUCUAUGACACGAACGACGUAUCGUAGUUUUGGUGUUGGAUUGUGAACGCUCGAUGCAGUAGUUUCAAUAUACGUAAGUUGUUUCGUGGCUCUUAUCAUGUACCUGU